AUGUCUUUACAAACCCCCAACAAAUUAUUUGGUUUUGGUUGUACAAGGAAUUAUGUUGAUCAAUUGUUUUUUGGGAUGCCCUUAAAUCAAUCAGUUCCCUAUAACAAUUGGGGGGGGACCCUUCCAAAUUUUCAAGUUGGGGGUAUACCUUACAAACCCUCCCCCCCAACCUUUUGGACUUUAGAGUUUUUCAUCAAUCCCUUUGGGAUUUUUUUUUGGGUUUUAAAAGCUUUUUUUGCCCCCUUAAUUUUUUUUUUUGGAAUUUGUUUUUUCCUUUUUAAACGGGAAAAAUUUCCAGAUUUCAAAAUUAAAAAUGAAAACUUUCAAUUUUUUUUCAAAGCCUUAUAA